AUGUCGUGGCACAACAACAACAACAAGUCCAGUAGCACCAAUCCAUCCGGCGGUAGCUCUGGUUCUGGUGGUGGAUUCCGCGGUAGCCUGCAUCGCCAUCGAGGGUUGUCGGAAGAAGAAGGUGAAAUCGAAGAAGGGGAAGAAGGAGAGGUGACCUCUCCGCCGCCAUCAGCGCCUCCGGCUGGCAAUAAUACUACUAGCAAGAAUACUACAGCAGUAACAAGUACAAGCAACAGACCAAUAUCGGGUGUGAAUGGACCCAAGGGACCAGUAGAUCAACGACCUGCUCCUCCGAUCCCACCAAGAGGCGAACGUUCGACCAGUGGAAGCGGAGGCUUGAGCAAUAGCAACAACAACAGCAAUUCGGGUCCCUUUGGUGGAGGCCCCAACAAUAACAAUAACCAUCCGAGACGUGCCAGUUGGGGAGGACGAGCGAGUCAUCAUGGUCACAACAAUGGUCCACCAAGAGGAGGUCCCGGCUUUGGUGGACCUCCUCACCGUCGAGGCUCCAGUGCUGGAAUCGGAAUGCGAACGUCCUCUGGUCCAUCCUUUGGUGGCGGCCCUGCUAGUAGUAUGGGCGAUCGAGACAGAGAUCGACCCAACAAUACUACGGGACCUGCGUCAGGCAAUCCAGUCGGCGGCCCCAUUUCGGCUGGUCCUAACAGCAACAGCAAUUCCAACCAACCAGAACCAAAACAACAACAACAACCACAAAAUCUCAACAAACCACACAACCAACAACACGGCAACAACAACAAUAAACCCCACAACAACCAAGCCGCAGCUCCUACCAGUUUUCAUAGAACCAACAGUUCCGGGAGCAAUGAUCCACGAGCGCGUCUCAAGGAUCCACGCUUUCGAUCUUUGGGUGCUGGAACACCAACUGUCGCAGACAAUAACAAUAGCAUGCCACCAACCGUGAUUGAUUCCUCAGGAGGUCCACCUCCUGGUGUGAUUAUCAAGAAGCAGGGCUCGUUUUCUUCCUCGACGGCAGGACUGGAUCGUCGUGGGUCUUUUGAUAUCAACAACAACAACAACUAUGACAAUACUAAUAUUGUUUCGGAUCGAUUCAAUUCCACCGGCAGGGACGCUAUUAUUCGAAGAGACCAUCGCGAUCGGGACCGGCCUCCUCCUGCAUCGCCGGCAAUUUCUUCAUUUCACCAUCCAAAAUCACCCAGUGCCAACAAAGCCGCCAUUCAAAUGCCAAUGGCCGCAGCUGCCAGCAACAACAAUAACCAAAUGCCGUCAUUGCCCAAUAUCAAUCUCAAGCCAACCAAUCCACCGCAGAGGACCGGCUCGGUGAGUUCCUAUGGCAGUCUGGUCGUGGGUAAUAAUAAUGAUGUGCAAGAGCGUGGUGGUGACCCCAAGAGUAUUACUAGUGAUGCUGCAACAACAAAGACGGGUAUGUCGCAACCACCGCCAAAUAAUAGCAACACUGCAAGACCGCCGUCGCGUCUCGAGUUUCGGCAGCAUGGAUUACCCGCCGAUCCCCGUUCUCCGGUCCAACAACGGAGGCCCUUGGUAUUUGGCAAUACAGGUCCUCCGGGGGUUCCCGUUGGACCAGCAGAACAGACCAUUCAUCGAACCAACAGCAACAGUUCCAAUAAUCCACUACAUGCAGGGCCGGGUGGCAUUCUCGCUUCUCCGUUAUCACCCAUCCCUGGACAACGACAUCAUCGCAAAGAUCCACGGUUUGCACGACAACUACCAGCACAACAAUUAUUGGAUGAAGAGGAACCAGCCGUCGCUAUCCUUCGGAGGGCCAGCAGCUCGGACGUGGCAGAUUUUAUUCUGGACGAUGCAAAGAAUCGGCCGAGAGGAGCACCGUGGAACAGCAGCCAACAACAACAAGGACAAGUGCUUCCACCUCGUGCCAACAGUCAUGGAAAUAAUGCCGGAGGAUACGAUAUCAAAGAUCCUCUGCAGCGACGUCGAGGAUCCUACCCAGGUUCGCCAGUUCAACACAGAGAAGUAUUGGGAGGGAAUAAUCCUCGCAACAACAACAGCGGCGCUCCUCAUGGUCAUGGUGGAAGCUUUCGGUCGACUCCACAACAAUCUCCACGAGCCCGAAAAUCGUUUACGGGGGCACUGGCUCAUGCAGCCCCGCUUCCCUUUACGACGAGCACCACGAGCCCACAAAAGGCAGAUCGUCGUAGUUCCCUUCCUUCUUCUUCCUCCACUCAACAAGACAAGAAUCGUCCAGGAGCACACCAGUCCAAGGAAGCACAACAAAAGGCAUCGGCAUCGAUGCUUUUGGAAAUUCCAAAGAAACAACGACCACAACUCUCAACGUCGGUCCUCGGAGAAGUCAAACUAAUCGCACGAGCCGAUAAUGCCGUGCAGCAGUUACAAGAUUUGUUGCAGAACAAGGAUCCCACCUCCACCACCGAUACGGAUCGUCAUCAACAGCCGCUCACACUGCCCACCAAGCAGCAAAUCAUGAAGGCCAUGACGGUGUUAGAUCAAAAAAUCAAGAAAUCGGAAAAGGAAACAAAGGAUGCACAGGAAAAGGUCGAGACUGCCAAAAAGGCGGAAGAGCGAGAACGAGAAGAAAAACUGGAAAAGGAACGACUCGAACGAGAGGAAGCCGAAGCAAAUUAUUUGCUGGAGCGUCGACAGGAACGAGAGCAAGAGCACGAGUCGCAAAUGAAGUCGUGGCACGAGCAAAAGAAGAAAGCACUCGAGGACGAACAAGAGGCAGCCAAGGAUUUGCUGUCGCAGAAGAUUGAAAAGGCAAAGGAAGAAGAAACCAAACGGAUCGAGUCGGACAUUGAAAAGCAGGUCCAAAAGGCAUCGGACCAAAUGAGCAAGGAUAUCGCAAAGGCAAAGAAAGAGCACGAUCGGGCUAGUUCGGCCGCGUCCAAGUCGCAAGCGAAAGCAGAAGCCAUACAAGAACAAGUCCUCGAGUCCAAAAGGAAGGCCGAGGAAGAGGAAAAGGCAGGCAGCGGACAGAAGGUGGCCUUGAAUCCCAGUGAUCUAGUUCGAUCAAUUCUAGCAGAGAAUCAAAGGAAGGCAUCGGAGGGACACAUGAUGGCGCAAUCCUUGGGGAUGCCGUUCUCUCAGAAUGAUGCUUCUCCUUCGAGCGAGUGGGUAGAUCCAAUGUACCAUCUGUCCUGCUCGCAGUGGAAUCAGAAGACGGCCAAUGUGAGCGGGCCUGCAAAUGCGUUGUACAAUGAACCAAACCAGGCUCCUUUCUUCAAGCACAACGAGGCUACGUUCAAGAAAUUGGCUCCUCUCGUGAAAGAACACAUUGUGCACAAGAAACGAAAGCUUGAUGAGCACUGGUGUGAGUUGGCAGAAGAGUACGACUACAGGAAACGAAAAUACAAUAAGCAUUUGAUGAUGCGCAAGAGACGCAGCAAAAACUCCAAUAGCUCGCGAGCAUCCUUGACUGUAUCUCGGCAAUCGAUUCUUGGUGGCAAAUCGAACAACAAUUCUGUGUCUUCUGCAGUAUCGUCAGCCAACAUCUUGUCCGGCAGGUCCUCCAGCAACCCGUAUCGCCGUCCUCGUCGUGGCAACGAUGUUCGAUCAGAAUAUGAACAGGAGCAAAUCAUUGCGGAGUUGGCCGCCAAAGAAGCCAUGGAGAAGCGGAUUGCCUUUGGUGGUUGCAAGCCCACUCCCCAGGUUGGCCAGCUGGAGCAGACAUUGACUGCUCGCUACGUGAAUACGCUCGAGUCCCAGAGAGUUGACGACCCGAUUGAACUGGAAGAGACAGCCAAGAUCACCAAUGUAUGGACAGACAUGGAAAAGUGCAUCUUCCUAGAUCGAUUCUUACAGCAUCCAAAGGACUUUAGAAAGAUUGCAUCUUUUUUGAGAAACAAGUCGACGAAGGACUGCGUUGCUUUCUACUAUGAUUCCAAGCAAACCGUUCCGUACAAGGCGGCAUUGAAGGAACACUUGAUGCGAAGAAAGCGGCGUGGCGAUUACUUCAUUUGGGACGCCACAAUCCAGGCGGCCCUCUCUGUGGGUGCCGUGAUCACCGCCGGGAAGGACGAACUGAAGCCCCUUGUCUUCACCCUACCAAGUAGCGACGGAACAUUCCAUACCAAAGACCUUCACCCGUUGCGUCGGGAAAUCUUCGACAAAGCUACGGAUGGUAUCUCUGAGGAAGAUAUUGACUUGGACGACGAUCUCCCUGUCAAGCACAAGGCGAUCAAACCGAGUCAACGCUACAAGCUCGAGCCAUUCUUCACGUUGGCAAAGGAGGAGAAAGGGCUUCUCCGAUCGAAAAGUAAGAGUCCAACGACAACCGCGACAUCGUCACCGAUCCCGCACAAGAAGGCAAGGCACAUGGUAAACACGGAGGAAGUCCCCGAACCUGUGGUAACGACGAAGGCAUCUGCGUCUGCCGAACACGAACGAGCAACGCCUCCACGCAAAGCGCCUCAAAAAUGGACCCCAGAAGAAAAGAGAGUUUUCCGAGAAACCCUGGAGAAACAUGGACGCAAUUGGGAGGCCCUUGCAGCUGCCGUUGGCACUAAAUCCAUCAACCAGAUCAAGAAUUACUACUACGACUACAAAAAACAGGCAGGGAAGUUCCGCAACGAGAAGAAGAAGAAGAUCAUCUCAAGUGAGUCCACGGAAAAGGUCAAAACAGGCAAAGAAAAGGCGAGAGGAGAACCGGCCAAAGAUCAGGAGAUGGAUACAGCACCGGAAACAUCCCCAAAACCAACCAAGCAUGAUAGGAGUAGUCGGAACGAGGCAUUGAAGGCGAAGAAAGAGCGGGAACAACAGCUGGAGAAACUCAGAGAAGAGCAGCGGCUUGUUCAAGGGGAGCUCGAAGAACGCCAGCGCCAAGAAGCAUUAAGGCAACAAAAAUUACAGAAUGAAAGACGCCGCCAGGAGGAAUUGGAACAGGAAAGGCAGAGAAGGGAACAGGAACAACGCCAGAGGAUAUUGGAACAAAAGCAACAAGAGCAGAGGGCUCUGCAAGAACAACAGCGGAGACUCCAGGAGCAGAGCAAGAUUGAAGCACAGAAGAAACUCCAAGAACAACGACAGCAGCAACUGUUGGAGAAGGAAAAGCUUCAAGAACAGCAGAAACAAGAAGAACAGCAACGCCUUCAGCAGCAACAGAUGCAGCAAGAUCAACACCAGAGGCUCCUUCAACAACGUGCUGCCUUGGCACUGCAACAGCACCAGCAAAGAGAACGGGAGCGGGAGCAGGAGCAACACAGACAGUUGCAGCAGCUCAUGAGUCAGCGAAGGGGGGAACACCACACUGCGCAUCAGCAGCACCAGCAACAGCAGUUUCAGGGACCUCAACAGCGUCUCCACGCUGCGUCGCAGCACUUUCACGAGCAAUCUCAGCAGCAGCAGCAGCAGCAACAACAACAACAGCAUCAUCAUGGACCAUCUAGGGUUGAAAGCCGAGAGAAUAGUAGAUCAGGCUCUGGCUUGGCAGCUGAGCUUUGGGCCCAGGCACAAGCGCAGACACAGCAGCAACAGCAACAGGCACAACAACAGCAGGCACUUCGACAUCAGCAGCCUGGUGGCCUUUCUGUUGAUGAGGCGCGGCAACUCUUGCAGCACCAUUCGCAGCAACAUCACCAACAAGUUCUGUCUAACUUGCUUCCAUGGCUACAGGCGGCCCAAGCUCAACAGUCUCAUGGAUCUGAUGCCACAUCCCAAAUGCAGAAUCUGUUGGCGCUGCGGCAACAGCAGGCAGCCAAUGCCCACCCGCACGCUUCAUCCCCCGCAGCGUCGCAGCUCAGGUCUAUGGCACUUGCUGGGCUGUCUGGUCUAAACCCAUCCUUUCUGGAGAGUGGCAAUACCAACACCAACAACGGAAGGGGCGCCGGAAAUUCUAGCAUGCAUUACCAAGGGGACAAUGAAAACAACCACAACCUAAACAGUCUUUCGAUUGCUCAGAGGCUUUUGCUUCAACAACAACAACAACAACAGCAAAGCCAACAACAGCAGCAACACCACCACCACCAUCAGCAGCAACAACAGCAAGGUCAUUUGCCGAUGCCACAGCAGCAGCAGCAACAACAACAAAUGGAUGCGCAGGCACUAGACGCGUUGGGACUUUUGGCCCGUUCAGCACCUCGCCCAGGAGAUGGCCACAACCAAGGUCCAUUUCGGCGGUAG